AUCCGUUAGUGAAAGAAAAAUUAAUGCAGAAAAUGCAUGUGAAGAUAGUACUUAGAAAAAGAAAAAGGUAUUCAAAGUGGAUAAAAAAACAUGCAAUGCAAAGAUGUUAAUGGGGUAUUGAAACUGUUGCAGCCAACUUACCAAGUGAUCCAGCCAAUCAAUGGAGACCCAUUCAUUGGAAGCCUUGAGACUCCAGUAACCUCAAGCCCACUGAUAGCAUGGUACCUUUCAAACCUCCCCGCCUACAGAACAGCAGUCAGUCCAUUGCUGAGGGGAAUUGAAGUGGGCCUGGCUCACGGUUUCUUUCUGGUUGGUCCAUUUGUCAAAGCUGGCCCUCUAAGGAACACAACCUACGCCGGAGGAGCAGGCUCACUGGCUGCCGGUGGUCUCAUUGUCAUUUUGAGCAUCUGCUUGACAAUGUAUGGUGUUGCAUCAUUCAAUGAAGGAGAGCCAUCUACCGCACCAUCAUUGACUUUGACUGGCAGGAAGAAGACCCCUGAUCCUCUGCAAACAGCCGAUGGGUGGGCAAAAUUCUCAGGCGGGUUCUUCUUCGGCGGUAUCUCCGGUGUGAUCUGGGCAUACUUCCUCCUCUAUGUCUUGGACCUCCCUUACUACGUCAAGUAGAUUUUGUAUCAUUUUCUGUUUCUACAAUGCAACUUCCAUGUCUGUGUUAUGGAAACAUAAAAUUGUAUAUUUUCUGCCAAA